ACACACAUGACUUGACAUUAGUAAAGACGAAUGAAAGAGAGAGAGAGGAGGAGGAGGAGGCUCCCCAGGACAACUCGAGGAAGAAGAAGGCAGGGCAAUAAAUGGGGAGAGGCAAUACUGCUCAGGUCAUUUAAAUGUGACCCCCUUUCCCUCAUCUCACCCACCCUUGCUCUUCAAUUCUGCUCAGAAGUUAGUUGCCCCUCCCUUGCUCCCAACCCGGUGCGCAGAGACUCCAGCGGUUCAAGAAUCAGAAGACUGACAAACAGAUCAUGCCUUGCGCCACCGAGCUUGUCCAUGGCGAGGGAGGCGCGAUCAAAGUGGGCACAACCGGCACCAUCGGUUCGCUCAUGACUAGGGAACUGGAGACCAUCAAAGUCGCGCCACAAGCAGCCACCACCCGGCGCCUGAGGCGCCAAAGUUGCCCGGUUUCAGUGCCAUGUGGAGUUAGUCCUCGGAAGAUUGUCCUAAGGAAUAACUCAUCCAAUGUCUCCAGUAGCAGCCGCAGCAGAACUGAUCGUGCGAGUGCUGAAGAAGCCUGCAAGCCGAGGAGGAUCGCCCGAAGACAAACCUUCAACUCCCCAAUGCUGCACUCAGAUAGUGUGCUCGUGGACCGAAGCCCGAACGCUGACAAGGCAAAGAAGAAAGGGAAUGUGUAUGGCGUCGAGGUGGUGGACGUCAAGUGCAGCAACCCGAUGAGCAGCCGUCUCAGGAAGCUCGGAUUCUCCAAGCUGUCGGAGACGUUUGCGUAGCUUCGAUGGAAAUUCGGCAAGGACCAUCCCCAACAUCUGAAAUUGAAGGCUCAGCUGCCGUUUCCCUGAGUGCAUCUUUGGUUCUUCGAAGGCUUUGGAGGGCACCUUCCAUUCCAUGUGCUAAUCAUCCUUGUAUGUCCAGUAUGCAUCUACUAGUCAAAUUUUCCUUGCUGCUGGUUUUUCUCUGUGGAAACUGCCCUUGUGCUCUGUGUAUGACAAGUCAAUUUAUGAAAAAAGUGAUUCCCAUGAGAAAUAAGAUCAUGAUGGAUGAUGCAAUGAUGCAUUUUGUGC